UACUGGAGUGUGUGUUCACGGACCGUCUGUGUUUUCUCCGCCUUGACGGUCACUGACAGCGGACAAACAGACGAAUAAAGCUGCCGACAGUUUUUGUCUAAAAUGAAGGAAAAAAGCUGGCCUCGGAUCGCUUUAAUCCUGUUGUGUGCGGUCGUUUAUGUGGUGGUUUUAAUCGUAAACGCUUUGGCUGGAUCUGGCAGAGUUUUCUUCCAUUCCACUACAGGUAAUGUAUCGGCCCGCUAUGAGACGGACAUCACUCCUGCCGGCUGGACCUUCUCUAUCUGGGGUGUGAUCUACACUUGGCUCACCCUCAUCAUCAUAUACAUCACCGGUUAUGUUUUCAGAGGAUCCUGGGCUCAGUGCCUGCUGCCAUACGCCUUCUAUUUUUGCUGGCUGGCCAACCUGCUGAUGAACAUGAUAUGGCUGGUGCUGUGGGACAGAGAGUUGAUGCUGGCAGCUCUGGUUGUGCUGAUACUCAUCGUGAUUACGAACUACAGUGUUCUGUCCAUCUGCUGCGUUGCCACAGAUUACUACGGCCUCUGGUUGAAGUCGUACUACCCCAAAGACCUGUGCUGUCUCAGAACUCUGGUCCAGAAUGGUUUGGCUGUGUACACCACGUGGACAUCCAUUGCGUCUCUGAUCAACUUCGCGUUGGUUCUCCAUUUGUGGGGCGUGGCUCGCAGCACGGCAGCCACGGCCUCCCUCUGCAUCCUGUUUGCAGAGAUCAUGGCAUGGUUCAUCCUGGAGAACUGGGCGUUGGACCGCUGGGUGCGUAACAUCGUCACAGUGUACCCGGUGGUGAUUGUGGCUCUGGUUGGAAACAUCAUGAAACAUUAUAACUCAGCUGACCCAAGCCCCAAUUCUAUCUUCAUGAUUGCUCUGCUCGUGGUAGCCUGCAUCCUGUUCAUCUUCCGGAUCUGCAACGUCAUCUGGAGAAACAAGUAUCGGCCUCUCUACUCCCCAGGUUCAGCUCGUCUGAUGGUUUCACCCCUGGAUGGCAGUAAAUUCAGGGUUAUGUCUUAAUCCAGCCUUGUGCUGUCCUUCCCAUCACAUGCAGCCCAUAUACCAUUAGAGUCACACCUAUUCACAUUACUCUGGCUCCUCUUAUUCUUACUGAAGUGAUAAAUUAAACACAGAAAUGACUAAUCCGUGUCUGUAAAAAAAACGUAAUUCCUUAUUAUACUUUCAUAUUCCGUAUUAGACUUCUUCUUUUCAAAAUGUAGAAGUGUCUUGUGAUUGAAAAUGAAAGGCGUCUCUGCAGAUAUGAUACCAUGAUGCUUUUACAUGUAAAACACUGACAACAUCAGUAUAUCUUUGGAAAAAAUACCUACUACUGUAUUUUUGUUGACUUGUCACAAACUUUUUCUGCAUGUCUUUUGUAAGUUUUAUUGAUUUUUAUCAGUAUUUUGAAGGACUUUUUACCGCUGCUUUUUUAUUGUGCGUAUGCAGUACAGUAUAUACUGUCGUUAGGUGAUGCCACUCAAGAUCUAUUAAUGUGAUACAAAAAUAACUGCAGUUUGUGUCAUAGUUUAAUGUAUGUACAGCUUUAUUGGAUUUGCAUUCCUUUGCUAAUUAAAGUUUUUCACAUUUAUUACG